UGCAGCACAUGUGCAUGUUGGUUGAAUACAUUCUAUGUAAAGGUAGCGCUUGCAUGCAUUGCAGUAGCCCAUCUCCAAAAUGGAGUCUCGUUCUAGAGUUGUGAUGCCAUCUCAACCAGGAUUGCCACCUCGGGCUGCUAUUUCUGUCACGUUUUCCCGUGACACUUCACUACGAAAAAUUGAAUGCAUUAAACCGCAACAAUUGUCACGGAAGCCCGAGCCUAAGUUUGAAAAUGUUGGAAAGAUAGUGGAGAAAGAUGCGGAUCCCGUCCUUGCAAGCUUGGUGAAUUACCACAGCAAGCUUCAUGCGGCAUCGGGAAGAUCCUUUGACUUAGUUGUUGGUAAGCUGUGUCAUCUCCUGAAGACCAAUGGGUAUUACUUGGACUCCAAGUAUAAAGAUACCAUGGAUGCUAUGUUCUGCACUAUUAGGACCCUGAUCAUAGACCAAGAGAAAAGUGAACUCUCUAGGACUAGACUCUUGGAGAUUCUGGAACUCAGGGCCAAGAAAUGGGGUCAUGACCCUUUAGAGCUUCCACAGGCUCAACCACGAGACUUGCCUUCUCCCUUAAAGUCUCCUGAAGUUACUCAUCCUCAUGACAGGAUGGUCAUCCAGAGCCAAAGGCCACUCCAACAAGGAGUUGCAGGGCGCUACUCCCCCAUCCCCCUACCUCCUCUCCAAGUCGCCCCGCCCAGCCCAGACAUGGAGGCAAUGACUCAUGUGGCAAAGUCCAUCCCGUUUCCCGACGACACUGACGAUGAACAGGAAGACGAUGACCAGUGGCUGACGACGUCGGAAAUGACCUACGAGUCUGAUAGCUCGGAGGAGUUCAUCAUGCCAGAGCAUGACAUGGAUGAGUGGAUGACAUUGGAAUCUACCUCAGAAUUAGAUGCUGAGCUGUCCAGGCUGCUGUCGGCCAAGCUACCUGAUAGCUAUAGGAGGAGAGUGAAUGAUGGCAAACCAGUGCGCUAUACCCGGUCUUUCCUGCUUAACCUGUGGGAGUCACCUUUCUCUAAAGAAAUGCCUUCAGUCCUGAAGCAUACCAUCUCACACAGCGACGUGGCCUUUAUCAUCCAGAGACAUGCCUUUUCUGAUCCCAGAGUGCUAUUUCAGCAAGGAUCAAGGGAUGAUGUUCUUCUGCUGUCCAAAUACCUACAGACAGACCCAAACUUGAGAGGUAGACACUCCAGCUGCAGAACUGCCCCAGACCCAGCAGCGUCUGGUGGUGGUGAUACCCGACAGAGGACCUUGAGCUGGCCCCAGGGUGCAGGAGCCAGGAGCCGCCUUGAUGUCCCAGGAGGAGGAGGGGAGGGAUUGAUGCAAGGCGCAGAAGGAGCAAGGUACAGAGCAAGAGAGGAGAAGAUAGACUCUCUGAAUUCUGCAACUCUGCAAGGAGCUGGGAGGAACAUCAACAAAGGAGAUGCCCAAGGAGGAGGUCCGGAGGCAUCCAUGAGAUCAUCUUCUCCAGAUGAUUGGCGGAGGGCUGGAGCUAGAAAGAACAAAGGGGAACAAGACCCCUCAUCAGGAAGAGGGGAGGAGGUAUCCUUGAGACCUCAAUCCCCCAAAGAUUGGCGCAGACCAAGUUCACCAAGUUCACCAAGUGCCAGUAAUCAAGAGGGCACUGUGAAGGUCAGAUUUGAACUGCCAGGUGAUAAGAAGGAUGAUGAAUCCCAAACAGAUCGGUCUUCAUGGGAACAAGCACCUGCUUCAAGCCAUGUCCUCCUCACGCCACGUCAGAUUCUUGGAAAAGGGGCCCAAGAAACCAGCCCAAGGAAGCCUUCAUUGACACCACCACCUGAUGUCAACAACAAUGGGUUUGCCCAUAAGAGCCUUGAGGGUGUCUCCGAUAAUAUGUCCUCGGCACCUGCUCAACAGCCCGAGACCCUCACUUUCAGAGAGGUCUUCAAGGAGGUCAUUGAGAAAGGCAUCACCACUGGGGCACCCGGUCCGGCAGCUGACAUCCAGGCACAAUCCCGUCAAGGUUAUAUCCCCCUCACUGUAACCUACAAACCUACAGAUCCCAGAGUGGGUGGACGCGGAGUAGGUUUAGUCGAGCAGGCAAAUCUUGCGAAUGUGCCCUCUGGAAGGAGUUUCUCUCCUGGUUGGAGAGCGAAGCAUGAUUGGAGUUAAAAGGGAUUGAAGAUUCCAUAUCCUGGGUACCCACAAGCAAGGUAUUGUCAUGUACCAUAGGUACCAUCGAAUAACAGUGUCUUCCAGGGAUGUCUUCAAUAGGUACCAUCAUAUACCAGUGUCUUCCAGGGAUGUCUUCUAUAGGUACCAUCAGAUAACAGUGUCUUCCAGGGAUGUCUUUCAUCACGUCAUGCAGAUGCUUGAUGGGUAUGGGAGUAAUUGACAGGGAGAUGUAGUCUACAUGGAUAUCUGAUUCAAGCUCAUCAUUGCAGCAAUAUAUGUCGUUAUUGGGUCUACCUACAUGUUCCAUUAUGUCUUCCUAACAGAUUCACAUAAUAUUUGACAUUUGAAGGGAAAUUGUUUUGAGUCAUGAUCUGCAAAGCGCUUACAAACAUUCUGUUGAGAAGGAAAAGUGAACAAAGCUUUUGAUUACCUUAGAAUUUCAGUUGCACCAACACAGAAAAAUGUUCCAGUUUUGGCUUACUAUUAAAAUGGUGCAGACAUUCACCAGCAAUUUGAUAUCUAGUGAGGCUGUUUUGUAAUUCAUAUAUGAGUAGAUCAUUAGUGAAGUGGUUCUUGAUCUCUUUGAUCUCACAAUCUUUCUGGUAGUUACUUGUGACCCUCAAAAUGUAGCCAUUGACCAAUGCCGAUGUGCCUUUCAUGUAGGUGUUAAGAUAUUAAUAUGAGGAUUAUUUCAACCAUGGUUGAUUUCAUGAAUGAUCCUCAGGAGGUCACUUUAUGAAAGUGAAUAGCCACAUUGCACUAGGGUCUCGCUCAGAUAUGAAGUCGUAAACCGCAGCGGUUUUUUUACAACCUGUGAAUGAACAGCGACUGCGCACAACAAAGAUCCUACAUGUCUUCCCUAGGUCUGUGUGAUAAGAUUCAGAAAUGUGAAAUAUAAUAUACUUAAACUCACGUCAGUAUAGUACUCAUCAAAUAUUUAUUUUCAUGUUUAUUUUGUUUAUGAUGGCACUACAAGCACUAUAAUUGCCAAAUAGUGUUCGCCUUUGCUGCAGUAAAUUUUAGUGAAGAUACUUUCUUGCCUUUGUUUAUUUCUUGUCAUCUCAAUUUCAUUUCUGAAAAAGCUAUACAUGUAUUUUGCUUUAGACUGGUCUGACAAUAUGCUGUUCACGUAUUACUAGCCCGCUAAGUGGUAUGAAUUUACAUGUAUAUCAUACUUGACACCAAGAGUAGGGCCAGGGUCCAUUAUUUACGGUUGUGUGUACAUCCACAAUGCUAUCCAGGCACUUAUGCUAUCUCAUAAAUCAUUUUUGAUAAUGUAUGAUUUGUAGUUUCAACAUUCAUGGCUUUUCUUAUAAUUUUUGCUUGUUACAGAACUGUUCUAUAUCAAUUUAUUUUUAUUUAUUUUUUUAAUUUUUUGUCGGUACAUAAACUUAAGUGUGCCCUCGUAGUUUAUUACCGGUAUGAAACACAAACAUUUAAAUUGUAUCUAUUCACAACAUUUUUGUUUGCAGA